UGAACUAGCUGACCACAUGUGUGCACUCCGGGCGUCAUUUCAAGCAACGGCAAAGCUCACAAUGAAACAGCCUCGUUGCAAAAUGCAGUGAACCGUGAUCGUCCCGGGAAUAGAUAUUCGGAUGCUAUGUGGAUAUGAAAAUAAAAGAGACAAGACACAAGGCUUUACGUGACAGAGAGAGAGGAUUGCGAAAGGCAGCGAGCGCAGGACAUGAACUCCGAAACGAGCAUAAAUGAGCGCUCGCGCCCGCGCGCAUUCCGCUGAGGGCUUUCCUUGAGAGCGACUUCCGUGAUAGUCCCAUCGCCGCCCUCCCACCAUGGUGAUGGCGGACGGCACGCCUCUGGUGGAGACCUGCGUCCUCCUACCAGCCGAAUUCGCCCUCAAGGUGGAGGCGGCGCCGAGGGUCACAUCGUUCCUGAGCCUGCUGCCACACCUAGCCGUGAGAAGCCCCGUCCAGACCCACCUUCCUUCGCCGUUGCUGGACCGCCUGGCGCCCUCCUUCGGCCCCGUGUCGCCUGGCCUGAGCGCCCUGUCUCCUGGCCUCGGCCCCCUGGCAGGUCCGCUGGCCUCGCUGCCCACCCCCGCCGAGGACACCAUCCAGGUGUGCGCCACCCGGCGGUUGCCGGCGCAGACGCGCUACCUGCCCUUCAGCGGCACUGUCAGAGCCGACAAACUGCCGCUGCUACCCUGCCUGGCGCCCAUGGACCCCCGCCAGCGGUACGGCAGCUACGACGAGGUGUGCGAGCGCUCGACGGGCCGCGUGCGGCUCUGCAACUGGGUGCGGUUCGUGAGCUACGCUCUCCAUUUCACGCCGCAGGUCAACAUGGUCGCGUCUAGAGUCAGAGGCAAACUGCACUGGCGUGGCCAAGCUGUAGUACAGCUUGGGCGUGGAAAGGCACUGCUACAUUUGAUAUGUAGUCAUGCGAUACAGGGAGGAGGGAGACUUUUUUGGCGGCAGUCGUAUAUGGCAACAUUUUCCACGAUGGAACAGAACGUCCAUCAUGGGACUAAGUACGCCUGCCUGAGGUGUGCCGAUUUCAAAUACUUUUGUAUGAGUACUUUUAAUGUCCCUGAAGAGAACCUAAGCUGA